UAAUAUAAGAUCAAUAAGUUGAAAAGGUUUCGUCAAAGAUCAAGUUGAUUGGAAAAGUUUUUAAUCUCGUGAUUGUAGUUUUUUUUAAUCAAAGUUUUUUAAUCUAUAAAUGUAUAUUGUUUUGUCCAUAAAUAAUAUUGUUGCUAUAAAAAUGACAAUGGAAUAUAUAAUAAAUUAAAAAAUUGAUGAAUUCAUGAAUCAAGAAAUAUAUAUUUUUGUUCAUAUUAUACUAGUAAAAAUGUCAAAUACAUGAAUGAUUAAGGAAUCUUACAAUCUUAAUAUUUCAAUAACCUAAAAUAAAAAAAAUAUUUUCUUUGCACGGUUUGUAAGUAACUGAUUUUUUAAUUUCUAUAAUUUUAUCAAAAAUGAUGUGUCACGUUAGACACGUAUGUAAAUAAUUAUAAAUUCAAAGAAAGAAAAAAGUACAAAAAUCAUUGAAAAAUUAAUUUAAUAAAAAAUGAGUUCUGUUUGGAAACGAUUACAACGGGUAAACAAGAGAGCCGCAAAAUUUCAAUUUACUGUAUCAUAUCAUGAAGUUACUUUACAAACGACAACAAAAUGGAAGCCAAACAAACUAAGUGUUGUAUGGACAAGACGUAGUAGAAGAGUUAGUUCAGAACCAUUAGAUUGGGAACCCAGUUUAAGUGAUCCAUUAAAAGGUGUCAUUAGUUGGGCUGUUCCUGACAAUCAUACAGUUUCAGUAACUUUGUUUAAAGAUCCAAGAACUCAUGAAUUAGAAGAUAAAGAUUGGACAUUUGUAAUUGAAGAUGUUUCAUCUACUGGUAAAAGACGACAUGUAGCUGCUACAAACAUAAAUAUGAAAAAGUAUGCUACUUUAGAAUCUAGUCAACAACAACUUAAAUUGGAUUUAAAACCUACAUCAAAAAAAAUUGUUAAUGCUACAUUAGAAUGUACUUUAUCUUGUGUCUUUUUAAGAGAAGGCAAAGCAACGGAUGAAGAUAUGCAGAGUAUGGCCAGCUUAAUGUCAGUUAACAACAAUAGUGAUAUUGCACCUUUAGAUGAUUUUGAUAAUGAAGAUAUACCAGAAGAUGUUGAAGAAGUAUCUGGAAAAAAUCUUGAUGAAAUUUUAGAUAUCUCUGCUCAACUUGAUCUAAUGACAAAUAGUCUUACUGAAAGUGAAUUACCUAGUACUCCAAUAAGCGUGGCAAGUUUAUCAAAAGAUGAUACCACUCCUGUAAAUGAUAGUGAUCAUAUCAUCCGUGAUGUUAGUUUGUCAGGCAUUGGUGAUUCCUUUAAAGAAAAAUCACCUUUAAAGGAUACUAUUGCUGUUGAAAACAAUAAAAAUAUUGAACAUACAUUGAUAAGAUUACCAUUGCAACCAUUAGAAUUAAAAAAGAAUGAUGCCAAUAUUCCUAGACUAAAAGAAAUUACUCCAGGUCAGGACUUAUUAGAAUGGUGUAAAGAAGUAACUAAAGAUUAUUCUGGAGUGAAAGUCACUAAUCUUACAACAUCUUGGAGAAAUGGAAUGGCAUUUUGUGCAAUCAUACAUCAUUUUAGAUCGGAUCUUAUAGAUAUUGAUUCGUUAUUGCCACAUGAUGUGAAGGGUAAUUGUAAAAAAGCAUUUGAUGCUGGAGAAGCUCUUGGGAUACCUAGAGUAAUAGAACCAGCAGAUAUGGAUAUAUUGACUGUACCUGAUAAAUUAGCUGUGAUGACUUACUUGUAUCAACUGAGAGCACAUUUUACUGGUCACGAAUUAGAGGUACAUCAAAUAGGUAAAACAACAGAUGAAUCAUCUUACAUGAUUGGCAGAUUUAAUACAGACAAUAAUUCAGAUGUAAGUGUGCAAUUAUUUGGUCAGGAAAUAAUUAAUUUGCGCAAAAAAGAUCAAAUGGAUCAUAAAAAUAAUAAAAGUGAUAAUAACAGACGAUCAAAUCCAUUUGAUAAUAAAAAAGAAGAUGUUAACAUUGAUGCUUUAAAAAAUAAAUUACAUUUAAGUUUGAACAUAGAAAAUCAGGAUCAUGAUCAAUGCAAAGAUAAGUCACCAUCAAGUGUUAAAGAUGUUAAAGAUAUUAUAUUAGCUAGUUCAAAAAGUAUUUUAGAGAAAGUAUUAUCACCAACGAAAGAAAAAUAUUUGUCUAGAGAAAAGAGUAAAUCUCCACCAAGAAUAUCGCAAACACAGCAACGACCUAUAUUAAUGACUCGUCGACAAUUAACAGAUCCUUUUGGAUCUGAUGAAGAAGAAGAAAAUAUUCAAAUAAUUGACGAAAAAUGGUCUCAAUCAAUUUCGAUUAAUAAAUCAGAAACGCCAGUUAAUAAUGAUUCAAUCAAUAUAAGUGACAGAGGAAAUCGUACUGAAUAUCAGACAAUAUCACCACAAGGAGAACAACGUUCUCAAAAUCCAUUAGUCAGUCGACAUGACGAAUUAAGACAACGUGCCAGACAACUAUUAGAACAGGCUAGGAAUCAUACAAAGUCAACUGGUUUUAUUUCUACUGCUGCUUGUCCUAUUGAGAGUCAAAAUGAUGAUGAAAGACAGCAACAAUUGCGUGAAAGAGCAAGACGUUUAAUAGCAGAAGUAAAAAUGGGUGUGAAUAUUACUUCAAAUCAAAUUAAUGAUGACAAUAAUAGUGAUAGACGUUCAAUAGAUGAUCAAAAUAAUAGUCCAAGACGAAGUAUCACACCAUCUACUCCGGGUGAUAAAUUUAGUACAAAGUCUGAAUACAAUGGAAAUACUCUAGGAACUCCAAAUGUAAUAGAUGGAGAAAAAAAAACAGGUUCUCCUUUAUUCUCAUUUUCUAAAAUAAUAGAAAGAAUUUCUCCAGAUAAAACUAGCCCAGAUAGUACUUCAUAUACGCUUAGAGGGUUUGGAAAAGACAUGUCAUCUUAUAUUCAAAAUGAAUUAGAAGCAUUAGAAAGAGAACAAACUCAAAUAGAUAUUCAAGCUGGUAAACUUGAGAAACAACUUCGAGCUGCAAUGGAAAGUGAUAAUGAAGAUGAAACAGAAAGAUUAAUGUCUCUUUGGUUUACACUUGUUAAUAAAAAAAAUGCAUUAUUAAGAAGACAAAUGCAAUUGAAUAUAUUAGAAAAAGAAGAUGAUCUAGAACGACGGUUUGAAUUAUUGAAUCGUGAAUUGAGAAGUAUAUUAGCAGUAGAAGAAUGGAGAAAAACUCCUGAACAAAAAAUGCGAGAAAAUUUACUUUUAGAGGAGCUAGUUUCAAUAGUAAAUAAGAGAGAUGAAUUAGUUCAUCAUCUUGAUACACAAGAAAGAGCUAUCGAAGAUGAUGAUGAAAUAGAACGUAAUUUAUCUAGAGCUGGUUUAGCUCAACGAAAUAAAAAUUGUACUAUACAAUAAAAGUGUAAUCUUUUUUUGUUGGUCAGAAAUGACAAGCAUAAUUCAUUUUGCUGUGGGGUUGCCAAAGAAAACAUAAUAAAAUUUUUUUUAAAGGUAAAAUCAAGAAUUAUAUAAAACAAAUUUAGAAACUUAUUUUAUACUAUGAACUAUAUAUAAAUUGUACAACCAGUGUUUUAUAUUUAUACAUAUUCAUUAUUAAGUACAGCAUCAACAGAAUACUACUUCCCGUAGUAGAUCUAAGUUCAAAAUGGUCCGUCGAAGAAAUACACAAAUUCAUUGAAGUCUAUGAAGUAUGAAAGUUGUAAAAAGAAUAUGUUGCUAAAAAUCAAUUUCAAUUAUAAUUCAAUACAUUCACUUAUAAUUAUAUCUCAUUAAAAAAGCAAUAGAAAAAUAUGUUAUGUAGGAACUUUUCAAUUCAAAUAAGGUGCUCGAAUCUUAAUAUAAAUUACAGAAGAAUAUAUAAAAAAAAAAAUAUUGCUACAUAUAUUACAUUGUCUGCAAUUUAGUAUUAUAUAUUACGUAAGUCACUUGAAAAAUUAUGUAUAAAAUUAUAUAAAUCACUUAUAAAAGAAAAAGAAAUUAGUCAUUAUAUGAAAUAGUUUAGAAAUGAUAUUAAAAUUGGAAAAUUUGAUGAAAAAUUUUAAUGAAUUAUAUUUUAUGAUCUAUGAUACUCAUAGAUUAUAUUUAUUUUGUGCCAUAUAAAUAUCUUAAUUUUUUAUAUAAAAAUUAUUGUUUAUUUAUCUAUAAAAUAUUUGCCAUUUUUUAAAUAACAUUAUAUGAUAUGAUUAUAUAAUAAUAUAAUAUGAUAAUUAAAAUAUCAUAGAUUAUUAAGUUAUAAGUUUAUUAAUAUAUGAGGCCUAAUCAAUUUUACAAAUUUAUGAAUAUACAAAAUAUUAUUACAUAUUUCUUUCUUCAAAAGUAUAAUGAAUUAAAUUACAUGAUAUAUAUUAUCUUAUAUAAUUAUUGCUCAAUAGAAUAUUAACUCAAAAUUAAAUGUGAAAUUAAUAAUUUAAUUACAAAUUUAACAUAAAAAAUAGAACAAUUAAUAUGCAUAUUGCAUUUAUUUAUAUCUUUCAUUAUAUAUAAUGUUUAAUUUUAACAAUGUAUUUUAUAUGCUCAUAUAUCUCAUACAUAACUAAAACAAGAUAAACUCUUAAAAUAGUAUAAAAAAUGUUACAAAACAAAAUAAAAUGUUAUUAGACGCUGCAUUUUUCUAUAUCGCUUCAUUAUUUAGAAAAAUAUACUCUAUGUAUUUAAAAAAUGCAAUUUUAUUUUUAUUUUUAAUGAAAUUUAAUUAUUGUUCAGAGAAAAAUAUUAGUAUAUUCAAAAUUAGUGACGUGAUAUAUAUAAUUUAUAAUAUAUUUUCUAGCCUAAAUAAAUGCAUAACACAUAUAUGUGAUAAAAAGAAAUUAUGAAUAAAAAUUUUCAAAAUAUUCAAAAAAAUAAUUAAGAAACAAUAUUGUACAAAAAUAAUAAUUAAAAUAUCUGAAAAUUAAAAUCGAAAUUUAAUAUAUAAUAACUAUGUUAUGAUAAUUUAAGAAUUAUAUUUAUAUAUAGUUUUUAAAAAUUAUGUGAAUCAAUAGAACUUGAAAGCAUAUUAAUUUUUUUUUUAUAUUUUAAUUUUGAUCAUAAAUAAACUAAGAUAUUUGUGUUCUAAAUCUAUUAAUUUUAAAAUUACUUCUAUUUUAAAUAUUAAAUUAUUUUUAUAUAUUAACAUAUUAGUGUUGUGGAAAAUUAUUACCUUAUAAAAUAUUCAAUAAUAAAAUAUACAAAUUUAUCCAUUUAAUAAUUAAUACAUUUUAUAUUAUUUAAUAUUUGCAAUUGAUUUAUGUUUAUAAACAUUAUAAUGGCAUAAUAUUAAAUUUUAUAUAUACAGAAAUAAUAAAUAAAAUUAAAAUAAUUUUCAAAUUAAUAGUUUUAGAAUAUAAAUAACUUAAUAAUUUCUAAAUGAUGAAAAAAUACAAAUUGAUUAGUAUACCUGAAUAUAAAAUGCUAUUUAAAAAAAAAUCCCUAUUAUAUUUUUAAAUUUACAUUCAUAUAAAAAUAUAUAAAAUAAUCGAAAAAUAUGCAGCAUUUACUAUCAUUUCAUUUUGUUUCUUAAUAAGAAUUUCUAUUUUCAACUCUAAUGGGACAUAAUCUAUAUAACUCCAUUUAUAUGAACAAUAUUAUAGAUAAGUCUGAUUAUUUAAACUUUAGUUAAAUUCUUUAUAUGAAUUACUGUCAAGCAUCAUUCCACUUAUAUGAAUGUCUUUAUGAUAAUAAUUAAAAACAUAAAUCAUAUUUAUAAUAUAAAAUAAGUUAAAAAUAUUUAUUAAAUAAUAGAGGAUUAUUGUAAUUGCAAAAUUAUUUUUAUAAUAUUUGAUAUAUUAUUAUAUAUUUUAAACAAUUCCUUUAUUCAUAAAUAUUUAUGAAUUUUUAUAAACAUGACUUUCUAUUAAUUAGAAAAAAAAUCAUAGAAAGAAUUAGACUCCUAUUAUAUGAACAGCUGGUUAUAUGUUUAUUCCUAUAAACAGAUUCAUAUAAAUGGAGUUCUAUUGUACUUUGAAGAAUUUAAAGAAAAAUUUAUUCCAAUUAUAUAAAAUAUUUUUUUCAGAACUUAAUAUUUUAUUUAAUAUACUAUUAAUAAUAUAUCUUAUAGUAAAAAAUGAAUUUAUUUAGUUAAUUUUAUAACAAAAUUUCUUUAACUAAGAAAUUACUGUCACUAAGAAAGAAAUCUGUAGCGUUUCUAUAUUAUAUUCAUAUUUUUGUGCAAAAUAAAAUUUAUUUUUAUUUUAAAAAUAUAAUGUAAACAUAUAUAAAAUUAAUACUCAUAAAGCAUUAAAUAAUUGCUUUAAAAAAUAAAAAAAUCCUAUUUAAUAAAACUUAGUAUAAUAUAAUGGAAUUGGUGCAGGCAUAUCAUAUUGAAUGUAACUGCCAUAAUCAAUCAUCAAAUGCAUAAAAAAAAAUGCUUUCAUUAAAUAUGCACAUAUAAAGUAGAAAAUAUUUCAUGUUCCAUAUUUCGUUUAGAAGCAAAGUCCAUUGAAUUUUAUUUUCGAUAUUAAUAUGUUGUGCAAAAUAGAUAAAUUUAAUUUCAGAAAUGAUAUUUAAAAUUAAUAAGAAAAAAUUUAAAUAAGUUAUAAAUUUUUGUUAACUUUUAUGUGUUUUUCAAUCCUAAUAUGAUGAAUGUUAUUGUAUAUAAUAAAAGUUUACUAUUUUAAAAUAAUUGAAAAUUUUUCAAUAUUUUUGGUAAUUGAGAGGAUGAAUAUUUAAAUACGAAAUGUAAUUAGAAGUGUCAAGUUGCAAUAUUAAAAUGUACCUAUGCUAAAUUUUUGUUUGUUUUGCUGUAACUAUUAAAUUAAUGUUAAUUGAUUGAAUAUAUUAUUAUAAUAUAUAUAAUACUUAAAUUGUGUCUGAUUUCUAAUGGCUAAUUUAGUAAUGAUUUAUUAUCUUUAACUUAUAAAUAUUUAUUAUUAUUUUUUAGCAUAUAAAUAUUUAUAUUUGUAUGUGAGAGCGCUGAAUUAUGUACAGGAUUAACAAUUAUAUGUUAAUAUAUACAUAUAUAUAUAUAUGUAUUAGAAUAUUACAAUUUAUUUUAUAAUAAUUAUUCAAACAAUCUUAAAAUUAAUUCAAUAAAUAUAUUUUCAAGAUUUACAUUAACUAAAUUAGCUAUAUUAAGUUACUCAAAUUAUUUAAAAAUGAAAAGAUUAAAUAAUGAAAAUAUGUUAAUAUAUAAAAUUACAGUACUAUGAAAUUCUUUUUAAUAUUUAUAUAUUUUAUAAAUUAAGUGCAAUAUAUUUUUAUUACAAUUAACGAUUUUCGUUGUUUAAUUAGUUUUAGACCAAAUAUGUUGUAUUUUUAAUAAAAAAUACUCUUAUAUCUUUAUUAAUAUAUAGGAUUGUUAAUUUAAUUCAUUUUAUUCAUUAAUAUUGAAGAUAUUAAAGUUUUAAAAGCAAUGAUAAUUCUUGCCAAUGUAAUAUUAAAAAGAACUUAUUAACUAAAUUGUAAAUUGUUUUAUGUGAAAAGUCAAAUGUGUAAUGUCAAAUCACAGUAGCUAUUGAUAAAUAGAGAAAAUAAAGCACUACAAAAAAUACAAAAAA